UUGUUAUGUUUAGGUUCUAGAACGAUCCAUUAGACUCUCACGUUUUGUGAAAAAUCUGUAUGUGAUGGAGAAAAGUGGAUAUCAUUUUCGGAUUCAGCGUACAGGAAUUACUGUAGACCACAUAAAAAUUUUAAUACAAUAAAACCAUCGCAGGCCUGCACCUUCACGGAGUUACUCAUGAUUUUAUUAACGGUGGCCAUUAACCAGAUUUGAUGGUUGUCUGGCAGGUGAUGCUGAAGUAAGGCCUCACGUAAAUCGUUAAGCAUAAUUGUUAUUGGAUACAAUAUAAAUUGAAGGAUAGUGAAGUAUCCAUGACAACCGUAAGGGAAGGCAGUACUAUGAUUCCACCGUCUACGCCGCUGAUCCCAUCUCAGAGUUUCCUGACGAUUUUUAAUGAGAGUAACCUGCACGAGGGAACGUCGUUGUUCGCCAAUGAGACAGAGUUGGAGGUUGGACUUCUGCCGUGUUCGUCAUGGCAACGGCCACAGCAUAUCCUAUUUCAGUUGGCUAACACUUGUUUUUGUGUCUCUUACCUGGCGCCCAAUACCAGGAGAGGAAUUCUCUUUAUGCACCUGCUGCUUAUUUUCGGAUUUCUAAUGUUUUCAACCUGGGCGUGGAACAUUAUCUGUGCUCCAGACAUCUUCUCCUGGAAUUUCUUCUUCAUGUUGCUCAACAUGGGACACAUGCUUUACAUUCUUUACACCAUGAGACAAGUGAAGUUCCCUAAAGAGUUGGAAGAAAUCUACCAAUCCAUGUUUCUCCCUCUGAAGGUUUCGCGUCUACUUUACAAGAAGUUGGUAAGUCUAGAGUAUGCUCAGGUGCUUUCCUUACACGCUGGAGAAGCUUACGCUAUGCAGAAUCUAACCAGAACCGAUCGAUUAGGCCUACUUAUUGCUGGAAAAGUGAACGUAAUGACAGACCACCAUUUUCUUCAUCAUAUUUUUCCGAAGCAAUUUUUGGACUCUCCCGAAUUCGAGUCCAGCAAAGCUGGGAUUGAAGACAAGUUUAAGGUGUCUAUCAUAGCAGCAACCCCAUGUCGGUACAUUUUCUGGCAACGUCACAGUCUUGAAUAUCUGUUAAUCAAGGAGACUCACCUAGCCAACGUCCUCUCGGUGCUGAUAGCGCGUGAUAUCACUAGUAAGCUGUAUGCUAUGAAUGAAAAGAUUGUAACCGAAAAGGGAUCUCACUUGGACAUUCGUCUACCAAGCAUCACUGGUUCUAUAACAUCGUAUGGUGGAACUCAUGACGGUCAAGGAUCACGAUCACCCACCUCCCGGAGUAUGCGCAGUAAGAGCCUUCAUUGUAAUAGCCUGACUCACGACAGCUUGAAUCAUUUACCAAUAUCCCCAGAAAAGAUGCUUCUUCCCCACGGAGCCCGAGAGACGAGUGUACAGCAUGAGCACCACGAAGUGGUUUCAAUGUAUCCUGGGAAGCAGUAUUCACUCCAGGAGACUACAGACACAAUAAACGGGAACGAAGACCAGCUGGAAACGUCGCCUUUUCUAAACAACAACAUGGUUUGCUCAGCGGAGGAAGAAACGUGAUGGCGUCGUAAUAUUGUUUCAGAUCCACACAGGAGUAACUUACGUCAUCAAGACAAAAUGACGUAACAAGCGAUGUCAGGACAACAGUUUUGAUUUCCUCGCAUAACCUUCCUGUGUGAAGUUUCACUACGGGUUUGCAAGCCAAAUACUGUUAGUUAUUUACUCUUCUUCUUGUGUCAAAACUUUUUACUAGACUCAGCUGAAUGAUGUGUUUCAGUGUCUUCCUCUUUUUUUAUACUAUAGUAUUUCUUUCUUAACUUUAUUUCGGUAUUCAUGUACAUUAUCUAACCUUCCAUUGGCUUAGAAAUAGACAAACUGUUAAAAUAUUUGACUGCGUGGCUUUAAAAUUGCUUAAUCUCUUUAAAACAAAGAAAUAUAUAUCUUUUUUUCUAAGUAUUAUCAGUGAAAGGUUAUAUAUAUAUAUAUAUAUAUAUAUAUUAAUACUUUUUAUGAACUAACACUUGUUGUUUUCGUGUUCUCUGAUCUACAGAAAAAUUGAUUCACUUUCUUCUUGUCCGAUCUUUCUAGAGUGUAUUUAAAUAUUGCCAAGAAUAGUUGUAUUGUUCUAUUGAAACUUAUAUAUUCACGUUUCUAAACUAGGUGAAUAUACCACAAGUAAUAGAACAAACAAUACUUAUUUCCCAACUCACAGUAGACUUAAUGAUAAUAUAAUAUAAUAUAAAAUAUUAUACAUUGGUACUUUGUCUUCAGUAGGGAAUCCAUACGUCAAUAAAUAAUAGAUAUACGAAAAUGUAGAUAUAAAUAAUGAAAGAGUAGCUUUAUUUUUGUUACCUUAGACCAUAUUAUUUAGCCAUAUCUCUCCGAGUCUGGUCCCCCGGCGUCUCAGCAGUAAGUCUGAGAGCUUUUCACGCUAAAAUUCAGGCUUCGAUACCGGCGGUGGGCAAAACACAGAUAGCUCAUUGUGUAGCUUUGUGCUUAACAACAAAUCUCUGAAUCUGACGAAACAUCAUACACAUUUCUCACAUUUAUAAAGAGUAAAAUUUCAUGUUAGGCCUAGUUACAAACUUUAAAGAUAACGUAAUUAUAAUCACAGUAAUUUCAAACUUAUUUUGAAAAGGGUUUUCCCUCAGCCCGCAGCUUAUAUCUUGUCUUUUAUCGAAAUACGCUGUAAAUAAACAAGUAAACUACUCGUGUCGAAACUUUGAUCUAAAUCAGGGUGUUUCGAUCGAAUUAAAUUUGUUUUUUUUUAAAAAUAGGCCAUUCCGCUAAACAUUUGUCUUCAUUUCUGUAAGCCCCCCUUCCGGUGGGCAGUAAAUCUGAGGGCUUGUAUCUUAUAACGCUUAAAAUCGAGUUUCGAUACCUGCGGUGUGCAGAGCACAAACAACCCUCGUUUAGCUUUGUGUUCAACAACAAACAAAAAUUUCUAUUAAUGUGUAAAAUACUGUAAAACUUGUCUAAUUAGUUUGUUUUCUAGUAUGUGAACACUUAGUUUCUCAUAUGCUAAGUUUUAUUAAUUCUAUCUCGCCCCCUAGUGGCACAGCGGUAUGGCUGCAGACUUACAACGCUAGAAACUGGGUUUCGAUACCCGUGGUGGGCAGAGCACAGAUAGCCCUAGUGUAGCAUUGUGCAUAAUUAAAAACAAACAAUUCUAUCUCUCAAUAAUAGCAGCUUCAUCGCAUGCUUUACAUCAAAUUGUCAUUUCAAAGUAAUGAAAAUAGUUAAAAAUGCUUUUUUUUAAACACACCAAUAUUGUUUAUUCCCCAGCUUUUUUAUCAAUACCGUCAAUGUUCACAUAAACUUUAAUCAACUUCAAUAGAAACGCAUUAGUCUGUUAUUUGUAUCAAAUGAGACAUGUAUAAUAUUCAAUAAGGUAGAAAGUAGUAUAGUUUUUAAGUUUUAUACUGUCUUAUAAUAGUAGUAUGUACUUAAGAAAAGAAUAUAACUGAUUGAUGACGCAGUACCCGAUAUGCAUACUUUAAAUUCAUUUCUUAAAUAUAGACAUUCCAAAAAGGUCAGCAGGCUGACACACCAUUCAGGUGAAGUUUUCGGUGAUUUUACUUUCUUAUAAAGUGAGGACUCGUAUCAGAUUCAUAGGCGCCAAACUUAUCUUGUUUUACACAAAGUCUAAAUUGAUUUAUUUUGUUCUGUUUUAUUCAAUCUGUUACUAACUCGCACUUGUCUGUAUGAUCGUUUCACAAUUUGCUUCUGACGAAUCUGGUUUGACCUUCUCCAUUGGAUAUAGUUCAAUCUUGUAUACUUAGCUCGAAUGAUAAGGCACGUGUUCUGCGAGCCGAAGCAUUGGGAUUCGAUGCUGAAAAAUACAUGGCAUGCAUUUGUAGUGUAAAAUUUAUAUGUUUAUCUAAGUAUGAACGGAAUUUUGUGUUGUCUUACUCGUUAGGGACUGAAAUAUCUCUUUUGUCAGGUGUUUUUUUUUUCUGAAUGUUUUGUGGUGUUAUUUGUUUAUAUGGCAAAUAGAUACAGAUGGUACUGUGUAGAUGAUACUUUUUUUCUGUGAUAUUGGCAGUUUUUCAAGACAACUUUCACUCCAUUUAAUAUUAAAAAGCAUCAAAAUGUGUUUAUUGGGCUAAGAAAAUGCAAAUUCUUAAAACAAAAGAAGAAAUAUGUUUAAAAGCUGUAUUUUAUAAUAACUGCAUUUGCUCAUUUCCAUAACUGUUUAAAAAAAAUCUUUUAAAUUUGCAAUUUUGUUACCUGAAAGUCCCAAUUUGUCUUCAUGAAGACAAAUACCACUCUGGAUCUAUUUAUUCUAUAUGAAUUGUAAACAGAGCUACCCCAAGACAUAUUAGUUUUAAAAUAUCUUAUUCGACAUUUUCCCAACAGAUGGAGCUGUCGUCAACUAUAUUAGGCUUAUUUAUUGAUGAAUUUGCAAUUUCCGUCCAUAAUUCUUCGGAUUAAAUUGUUUGCUACCUGCAAUCCAGCAAUUUCUAACUCUUCUUAACUCCAUCAUAAAUUUUACAUGUUAUCGUGUUUAUUAGAACAGCGACUUACUCUUAAGGAUUAAGCCUAGACUGAGAUUUAGCUAUCUGCAUUAAGAGAAAAAUUGCUAGAUGACGCUUUAUAUAGCUUAUUACCUCUUCGACAAACGUCGACAUAUACAGGCUCAUCCUGUACUUGUAGUAAUCAAAACCCAUUUCAGAAAGCCCUAAUUUAACAUUUGCAACUAUAAGCGCAUACAUAUUUACAUAAAGUUGUACUUCCAGAAUGAACACAGAAAACUGUCCAAUCAUUGAAAGGAUAUCUUACGUCUUAUACGUUGAGUGGAACUUGGUGUAUUUCAAAUUCAAAUAAUUUAUUGUUGUGAAUGUCUGUGUAAAGUUUAUGUAGUGUGAGGCCUGUUAUUAACGCUUACAUGCUUGUAAGGCUUGUCGGAGCAUUGCUUAAAUAGGGCCGGGCAUUGUGCAAAACGCUAAAUGUAUUUAAUAUAGUCUUGUGUUGCGUUGGUGGCAUAGCGCAUUUGGUAAUAGAAGUUGCUUGCUGCUCACCAUGGAAACAUAGGAAAUUUGGGGUGCGUGUGGGGUCAAAUUAUAUAAAAUAUAUAUAAUUCUAUAUGAAGAUCUCACACGUAUAGAUUAGGGCGUAAGUUUCGUAUAUGCGCUGAUACUAUCGCUCGUUAGGUUACGUCAUGUAAUAUAUUAACAUGAAAUUAAUAGCUAAUUGAAAAAUUAAUGCUUCAAUUUAUAUAGCUUUGGCUUUCCUGUAUUUUUUUUUUAAUUUUUUGUGAUAUUUGCUCUAUUUAAUAUUUUUUAAUCUCUUUCUUAAAAAUUUAAUCGGUGUGGAUCCGCCCCCUAGGAGUUAAUAAUUUGUGGGUAGUUCUUUUCUUGACAGAUAAAACAAAUAUCGAAUUGUUUCAGACGACUAGAUACUUUGUAGUUCUCUAUUUGUACUUUGUAUCUAACAGGCUAUUUUAGUGAUUUCGUAACUUCUGGCCUGAUAAUGUAAUGGUGUUUAAAAGAUAUUAUAAAUCGUACUGGUGCAGUGUUCUAAAAGACCUUCAUAAAACACAGAAUAGCCUAUGUUCGCGAAUAAUGUGUAGCAUUUUUGGCACUGUACAUAAGUAUAUUGCGAUGAAAGCUUUCUUAGGUUAAUAAAAUACCGUCUAAGCUUUGUUUUGUAUACCUUUUCCAGUUAAUAACAAAUUAUACUAUGUAAGUGCAUUUGUUUGUGUGCAUGUAGAUAUCCUAAAUAGAAGUUUGAUGUGUGAUGUUUACGUAUUUGAUUGUCGUAUGGGCAUUACUAGUAUUUAAGGUCCUUUCCCAAACGUGCAGUAUGGGAGAAUGUUUUCUUACCGGAGUGUUAAACAAAUUUACUACAAAAGCCUACUAACUACAAGUAAUGACCUUCCAGAACUUUUAUACAGUUAAUGAUUGUAUGAAAGAAUUGUGGUGGUUAGUAAAUUUUUGAAUUUAUUUUAGGGUCUCGAAAAAAGCCUUAUUUUUUAUAGAUCAAAUGCAUUUGAAAAAAAGGUUUUAAUUAGUAUUUUUAAUUUUUCUAAAACUGAACUGAAGUACUUUGCUGAAACAUUACUAUAUAAAACUUAAUUUUUAAAAUGCAUAAAAAUAUAUCGAUACAUUUUAAUACAGCCAAAUACAAGCACUGAAGUGUGUAGUUACUAAGGGCAACCUUAUAAGUUGAAAUUCUAUAGCAAAGUAUAAUAAAACAAAACUGAACAUAUAAUAAAGUUUUUCUUAGAUUAUAUGGGUUAAGUUUUUUUUUUUUUGGCAUGAUAACUCUAGUAAUUUUCUCUUUUGUACAAUACUGAACACCAAGUCAUAAGCAGUUUUAAUUCGAAAAUUGUACAAAGUUGAGAUCAUCAUAAAGGUAAAAAGAGGUAAGUUAAACAAAAGAAUGUCUUAUAAGUUUUAUGGAAAUAAAUAAAUAUCAUACUGCAAUGGUUAAUGUUGAAGAAAACAGCAAAAAUUCUUAAUGAUCACUGUAGCAUGGGAAUUGAUAAUAUUGUUUUCGGUAUGUGGUUGAAAUGUAUAAAUGGUUAUUUGAUUUACAGCUUUAAAACUAACUUUAGUUUAAUUUUUAAAAGUAAGAUGUAUAUUUUGUCUCUAUUGAUGUAAGUCUUUACCACAGAAGUUUUAUGUAAGGCAGCCAUUAUUUAGAUGAUAACAUAAAACUUAUUUCUACACUGUAACUAAAUAUCAAGUGUCUAAAAUUCAUAUACAGUUUAAACGUCAGCAACCCUUGAUAAUACUAAUUAUGUUAUAUAUUCACCAUGACUGAUUUAAUAUCUUAUGAACAGGUGGAAGUUGCUUGUUUUGAGUACUCUUGACAGUUUCUUUGUUGUUUUUUUAUCUUGUAAUCAGAUUAUGUUAAAUGAUGAGUUGAUAAAAUAUACAAAUAGAUAUGCAAAUGUGUGAUAAUAUAAACCAGAAAGGAAAACUGUUUUUGAAAGCUCUAGAACAGGCAAUGGAAAGUUUUCGCUGCAUAAACUAAGUGAUUUGUUUAGCACACGUGUAAAUAAUUUUCCUUGAAACUUACACAAGAUUUAAUUAAUGAGGUGAAGCAAUUUUUAUUUAAUACGUUGUAUAAGUAUACGCAGUAAAAUGAUACUUUCAAAACCUUUCUGGUUAGUCUUAAAAAAAUACGUAACUACAUCUGCUAAAACGUUAAAUCGAUUUGAAGUAGUCGAAAACGCCAAGUAUACAAUUAUAGUAUUUUGGCACUUGUGUAUAAAGUUAAAAUCAUAAAUAAUAUUCAACGUUAAACUGGUACACAAUUAAAAACAUUUUAUUUAGGCCUAUCUAUGGCCUUCAAAAAGGUGAGGACUCUACAUGUUGUAAUGUAGAGUUGUCAACUUUUUGAAGGCCAUAGAUAGGCCUAAACAAAAUGUUUUUAAUUGUGUACCAGUUUAACGUUGAAUAUUAUUUAUGGUCAAGUAUACAGUUGGACUUACUAAAAUAAAUAAAAUAUUUUGUUACCUAUGAAAGUUUUUCUCUCUUCCUUUUGGAUGAUACAAGAAGAGCUUGGUACUGUGUAUUCAGGGUUUAAUUUGAAAAUGGAAAAUAAAUGUUAUUAUUUUACGUGUA